AUGUCUGAUAAUCAGAAUCUCGACAAUAUUGUCGACGAUAACACUGACGACGACGACAACGAAGAUCAACUUCAAAUGGACGACGAAGAAGAUGAAAUUCCCUUCGAUCACGACGACUUCAACAAGGCAGAGCCAAGCCACCAAGAACCUCAGCAAAAUAAACGCACUCACGGGGAAACAUCUGGCUCAAUAUUCCAGGCGAAAAGGAAUAAAAAGCAAAUAGAUGAGGAUAUCCUACGGAACAUGGAACAACGCAUAGCUCAACUCGAACGCAGCACCCAACGUCUAACGAACGCAAUACUGGACCGCGAACGUGACCAACCCCAGCAAAACGCUCCAAACAGAGACAACCGCGAUGGAAAUCGAAACGAUGUUUCACCUCCACCAGCUAACCGACAACCCCAAGUGAACUCUGUAAUGGGGACCACUGGGCAUCUGAAUGUCCACAAUAUCCAACCCUUUCUGAGAGACGUCAACAAUGCCGCCAUAGAAAUAGGUGCGAACGUUGCCUACGAGAAGCAAAUCAUCUGGUAA